GGCCUAUAUAUUUGAGUGCGCAGGUCAUCGUUUCUGCAAGAUCGCUCGUUGUCUUCCGGGGACUUCAACAGCCAACUCAUGAGAGUACUUAAUUUCUGAGAGUGAUGACCUGCGUACUCAAGAGUCAAGAUCGAUAGACUACAAACCGACAGUACUAAUUUCGGAGAAAAUCCCUCCAUCCCGUCCAGCGUCAUGGGUACGCGGGAGGAGAACAUGAAUCGGAAUGAAGAGUUAUUUGAGCGAUUGCACAAAGCCGUGCGAGACAAUAAGUUGAAUGAUAUUAAAGACAUUCGUAAGUCCCACCCCAAUGAUGAGCCAUGGAAUCAGAUAAUCACAGAUAAAGACGAAACGGUUCUUCACAUUGCUGUUGCAAAUGGACGUGAGCAUAUAGUGAAGGAGUUGGUGGGAUAUAUGUCGGCAAGGAGCUUGGAAAUGAAAGAUAGUGACGGUUACACAGCUCUAACCACGGCUGCGGUGCUUGGAAAUUGGCCAAUGGUGAAUUGCAUGCUUGAUAAAAACUCUGACUUAAUCAGCACUAGAGUUACCGAAGGGAAUAAUCUUCCUGUUGUUAUGGCUAUUGAUUUCGGGCAAAUAGAAAUGGCGCGGCGUUUGUAUUAUCAUUAUCGUAUUCCAGAUAAAGAAUGGAUUCCAGAAUAUGACGACCGCAAUGGUGCUACGCUUCUUACCUGUGCUAUCUACGCCGGAACUUUGGAUAUUGCUUUGGAUUUAAUCAAACGCAGCCCGCGUUUGGCACUGGCUAUUGACAACUAUGAAGAGUCUCCCAUCUUGGCAUUGGCCUCUAUGCGUCAGUUCUUCCCAAGUGGAAAUCAGCUCGGGUUUUGGAAACAACCCAUCUACUCCCGUUUAUCGGCUCCUCCGACCAGUGAUGAGGCUUGUUUGAAACGUGUUUCAAACGGAGAACAAUGCCAAAGCAAUCAAGAAUAUCAAAGUAACAUAUUAGGUUUAUCGGCACCUCCGACCAAUGAUGAGGCUCGUUUGAAUGUUUCAAACGGAGAACAAUGUCAAAGCAAUCAAGAAGAUCAAAGUAACAUAUCAGGUUUAUCGGCACCUCCGACCAAUGAUGAGGCUCGUUUGAACAUUUCAAACGUAGAACAAUGUCUAAGCAAUCAAGAAGAUCAAAGUAACAUAUCAGGUUUAUCGACACCUCCGACCAAUGAUGAGGCUCGUUUGAACGUUUCAAAUGGAGAACAAUGUCAAAGCAAUCAAGAAGAUCAAAGUAACAUAUUAGGUUUAUCGGCACCUCCGACCAAUGAUGAGGCUCAUUUGAACAUUUCAAAUGGAGAACAAUGCCUAAGCAAUCAAGAAGAGCAAAGUAACAUAUCAGGCUUAUCGGCACCUCCGACCAAUGAUGAGGCUCGUUUGAACAUUUCAAACGAAGAACAAUGCCAAAGCAAUCAAGAAGAUCAAAGUAACAUAUCAGGUUUAUCGGCACCUCCAACCAAUGAUGAGGCUCGUUUGAACGUUUCAAACGGAGAAAUAUGUCAAAGCAAUCAAGAAGAUCAAAAUAACAUAUCAGGUAUGGACAUUCCAUCGGCAACUCCGACCAGUGAUGAGGCUCUUUUUAACGUUUCAAACGGAAAACAAUGCCAAAGCAAUCAAGAAAAUCAAAAUAACAUAUCAGUACCGUCUGCGACGUGUUGCUAUCUAGGUUCAAGAGUCCUCGACUUCUUGGGAAUCACACAGUUGUACGGAACGAAGAAGAUCCAUGUCCAGUCCAAUGAACUUCUUUCUCAAAUGUGUCAUGUGAUAUCAGAAUCUAAUACGAAACAACUUGUGGAUGGCCUAGUUUGUACUGCCAUUUGCCGGGCUGCCGAGAACGGGAUUGUCGAGUUUGUUUAUGAGAUGCUUAACACGAAUCGAACAUUAAUUUUAUGGGCGCAAGAUGAAAAUGGAAGGAACAUAUUGAUGCUUGGUGUCUUGCAUCGUCAAGAAAAAAUCUUUAGCAUUUUAUACAGGCUAGAUGGAAAUAUGAGCCGCUACUUGACAUGUUUAGCAGACAAAUAUGGAAAUAACAUGUUACAUAUGGCAGGGAUGAUAGAAGAUUCCACUAGGAUUAAUCAAAUUCCAGGGGCAGCUUUACAGAUGCAAAGAGAGUUACAAUGGUUCAAGGAGGUAGAGAGAAUUGUCCGUCCCAAGGCUAAGGAAAAUAAAAAUAAGGAUGGUUUAACUCCCCAACAACUAUUUACGAAGAACCAUGCGGACAUGAAGGAAAAGGGAGAGAAAUGGAUGAAAAAUACAGCAACGUCAUGUACGUUGGUGGGUAUUCUUAUUGUUACUAUUAUGUUUCCAGCUGUCUUUUCAUUUCAAGGUGAUAACAACCAAAGCAUGGGCUUGCCAAAGUCCUUGAACAAUUUUUUGUUCAACGUCUUCAUAAUAUCCAAUGCAUUGUCCCUUUUUUCUUCCUCGACCUCGGUCUUGAUGUUUUUGGGAAUCCUCACAUCACGUUAUUCAGAAGAAGAUUUUCUUGAGUAUUUGCCGAGACAGAUGAUAAUAGGCCUUUUGACUCUCUUUUGCUCUAUUGCGACCAUGAUGAUAACAUUUUCAAGUGCUCUUUUAAUCAUCCUACAUGAGCGAUUACGGAUUGCAAUUCCUCUCAUUUGUUUGGCUAGUGUUCCGGUCUCGUUCUUUGUAUGGAUUCAAUUCCCAAUUCUUAAAGACAUGAUCAUUUCAACCUACGGACCAGGCAUCUUCAACAAGAAAAUGAAAAGUACUAAAUUAAUAUAAUUGAUCCACUGUGUAAUUAUGGUGCUUGCAUGCACAGUAGGAGAUAAUAAUUUGUAUUUGUUGCUUGAAUUAUUGGCAUAUAAGCCAAAACAGAAGAUUUGUUCCCUUUUGUUGGACCGAUUACUGAUGGAUUUUCAACAAGUUUAUCUUGCA